AUGGGAGACUCUGUCAGCCACCAAAAGCGCAAGUGUGGUGUGCUGGGUGCCACCGGUUCCGUGGGUCAGCGCUUCAUUCUUCUCUUGGCAAACCAUCCGACACUACAUCUACAAGCCGUGGGGGCCUCUUCACGAUCCGCUGGGAAAGCCUACAAAGAUGCUGUUCGGUGGAAGCAGCAGCGACCCAUGUCCAAGGACCUGGCUGGCCUAGUCGUCCGAGAAUGCAAGGCUUCACUCUUCAGCGAUUGUGAUUUGGUGUUCUCAGGGCUGGAUAGUGAUGUUGCUGGAGACGUGGAGAUGGAGUUCAUCAAGGCCGAUAUACCAGUCUUCUCGAACGCGAAGAACUACAGACGGCAUCCCAAAGUCCCACUCGUGGUACCUACCGUCAAUCUAUCACACCUGGACCUCAUUCCACAUCAACGAAAAGAAUUCGACUUAAAGAAAGGCUUUCUCGUCUGCAACUCGAAUUGUGCUGUCAUUGGCAUAGUCAUUCCGUUCGCUGCGUUGCAAGCAAAGUUUGGACCAGUCGAGGAUGUCGAGGUGUUUACUGAGCAAGCUGUCUCUGGAGCAGGCUACCCAGGUGUGCCAAGCAUGGACAUAUUUGACAACGUGGUCCCAUACAUUGCUGGUGAGGAGGACAAGCUCGAGACAGAGGCACAGAAGAUCCUCGGAUCAAUGAAUGCAGACGCGACUGCAUUCGAGGAGCAGAAAGGCCUUACAGUGGGUGCUACCUGCACUCGGGUGGGCGUCACAGACGGUCACAUGGCAUUCGUAUCGUUGCGGUUCAAGAAUCGGCCUGGACCAAGCGCUGAAGACGUGAAAGCCGCGAUGCGCGAGUAUGUGUCGGAAGCGCAGAAGCUAGGCUGUCCGUCGGCGCCAGAGCAGUCCAUUGUGGUAUUCGAAGAACCCGAUAGACCUCAGCCGCGCCUGGACCGCGACAUCUCAGGAGGAUAUGCUGUGUCGGUAGGCAGAGUACGAGAAGCUGCAAAGGGCGCACAUUUUGACAUCAGGUUCGCGUGCCUGAGUCACAAUACCGUCAUUGGCGCUGCUGGAAGUUCGAUACUGAACGCGGAGGCUGCCAUAUUGAAAGGGUUUCUGUAG